CCUGUUUCCCUGUUGACGUGAACCAUAGAGCACUCCUCACACCCAUCAGUACUUGAGCUGAGGAAGCCUCGCAAGUGUUGCCAGCACGGCCUGGAAUGGCGGGGAUGACAUGCAAGGCUGACUGAUGGGUGCCACGGGUGGUCAGCCCAGGCACAAACCGAGGUUCCUUUUCAAGCGGGGGUGAUACGAGAGUUCGACGCACCACAAAGGAAACCCAUCCAGAGAGAUAAAUACUAAAGGUGAUAAGCAUAAGCAUGUCAGCAAAUUUCGCACGGGUUGGUCGUUGUCCUAGUCGCCCUGAACAUCAUGUCGACCGACACAUUCAAACUUUACUCGCAAGCUAUCAAGAGGAGACCUCUACCUGAAGACCCUAUCACGCGGGCAGAUGUCGAACACGUCCUGGAACAUGGUUAUAUUGUCCUCCCUGAUUGUUUUACAGCAGCAGAGGCCAAAGAAGGGCGGAAUGAAAUCAUCCGCCUCUUGGGGAAGGACCCCUUAGGCGGACGCAAUCCUUUCGAGGGACUCAACACUAACCGGAUAUAUUCGCUGCUGAACAAAAGUCGCGUGUUUGAUAAGUUUGUGAUGUUACCGCGAGUACUGGCGCUGAACGACUAUUUUCUGGAUCCGGGAUAUCUUCUGUCGGCGUUUCACACGAUAACAAUCAAUCCAGGAGAGAAAGCCCAGGGACUGCAUCACGACGAUGGAUAUAUUCAAUUUCCAAGGCCUAGACUUCCAUUUGGAGCAGCGAUCAUGGUAGCUUUGGACGAGUAUACCGCUUUCAACGGUGCCACAAGAAUCAUUCCGGGAUCGCACAAAUGGGACAGUUCACGCCGUGGCUCACCAGAAGAAACCGUUCCUGCGCUGUGCCCUGAAGGAGGAGUAGUAUAUUUCAUCAGCACAUUAUGGCACGGAGGUGGUGCAAAUGUGUCAGAUCGUCCUCGACAAAGCGCAACCGUUCAAUAUUGCAAUCCGUAUAUUCGCCCUAUCGAAAACCAGAUCCUCGCAGUCGACCCACGAAAGCUUGAUAAGAUACACCCGCGUAUCGUCGAAUUGAUGGGGUAUAAGCACAUGGAACCGUUCAUGGGCUAUGCGGACGGCAUGGGCCCGCGACGCGCUGCGAGGAGGAUGGUUAGAUGGCUCCAGCACGAUGUCGAAGAAAGCCCUCCAACUUUUGCACACGAGGCACGGGAGCCCAAACUUUAG